AGUAGCCCACAGCUCGCCGGAAUGCGGACGUUUUGGCCUUUGUCGUUCAAAAAACUUAAAAAUGUAAUUAUUUUCAAUAUGUAUGGCCAAUCAAUUUGUGCUGCAAUUCGGAUUGGUCAUGGAAUCGAUAACGCAUGCUGGGUCGUCAGUCGGCAGUCCAAAUAAACCGGAAUGAGUCGAGUAUGUCUCAAAACUCCACAAGGACUUUCAGAAGACCAAGGCUAUGAUGAAGAGACAUGUGUCUUUAAAAUACGUUAUUGCAAUUAUAUAUUGAUUGCUACGAUAAUAAUACUGGCAUCUUACCGACUGUGCCUAAUCGUAUGGGAUCCACAACGAAAUUCCAAACAGUUGCCGCUGCGCAAUGCAUCGCAUCUGACCCAAGCACCUGGCCUGGUGCCAGCUGAGAAUCGAGGCAAGAUUGCUGCCUUUCGUUUCACACCACAUCUGCUGGACAUCAUGGCAUCUUCACGUCCUGCGUAUCUAAGAAGCCAGGGUCGCACUGGUGUAAGCAUUGUGCUGGGCGUGCCCACAGUGCAGCGCAGGAAACAAUCGUAUCUGCGAAGUACUUUGUACAAUCUCAUAGAGAACAUGAAUGCGGAAGAGCAGAACGAGACGCUCAUCAUUGUCUACAUUGGAGAGAUGGAUGGGUCAGUUAUAGAGCGGAUUGUUCAUCAAAUCGAGUUGAGCUUCAGAGGACAUAUCGCGAGCGGACUUAUUGACAUUAUUGCGCCAGCGCCCGACUACUAUACCGACUUUGAGGAACAUGUGAGCUGGCACAGCAAGCAGAAUCUGGAUAUUGCAUAUCUAAUGGCUUAUGCCCACUCCAAAGGCAUCUACUAUGUGCAGCUGGAGGACGAUGUAUUGACCCAGCGAGAUUUUCUAACCACCAUGCGAAAAUUUGCGCUCAUUAAACUGGCUUUAGCUAAUCCGCUUGAACCUUGCUGGUUUGUCUUGGACUUUUCUCCGUCCAGCUUGGUUGGCAAGCUGUUUAAAGGCGCCGAGCUGCCCUAUCUGAUAACCUUUAUACAAUUAUUCAACAAGGAUAUCUCCAUGCUCAAGAUGCUCUUGCACUUUAUACAGCACACACUUUGCCACAACGAUUCGGUGCAUUGUCAACGGGACAUGACAAAAUAUUGGCCACACUUCGAUGUGCCCUUAUUCCAGCACAUUGGCAGCCUCACGUUCAAGGAAAAGUUACGAAUGUUAGAGCACAAACAAGCUGACAACAGAAAUUAAGAAAGCCGACAAUUCAGAGG